GUACACACACCCUUCAACGUCUACACAACAUUAAAAGUGAUUUUAAUUUAACCAACCCUUUCUUGUUCUCCUUCACAUUAUUCUGCAACCUGUCCUUUCUUUUUCUUACCUUUUCAUCAGAAAAAAAAGCUCUCUUAUUUUUUCUCUUUUUCCCCUCUGUCUCUCUCUCUCUCACUUCUUCAUUUCUCGUUUCACGUUAAUUGUUCUUAAUUAAUCAUCGAUCUUGCCGUUUGUUGGGGCAUGCAACAGCAAGGAGGGAUGAUGAGGAACUCGCCGUCGUAUGCGUCAUCGGGAGGACAUUCUCGUCAUUUCGACACCAUCUUAUCUCCUCUUGUCAAAACCGGCACCGGAGCUUCCAACAGAUCCUAUGCCUUCUUCUCCCUCUUCCUCUUCCUCCUCCUCGGCGCGUUCCUCUCCACGCGCUUCCUAAUCGACCCCUCCGUUUUGAUUGAGAAAGAAGCGGUGACCGUCACUGAGACAGAAACGGCGAAAUCCCCAAUUCACCCUCAGUUGAGUAAGCUAACUACGGAAACGCCAAAAGAGUUCUCGCUAAACUGCGCCGGUUUCUCCGGCAACGAGACUGUAACUUGCCCAAAAAACAACUACCCGACGACUUUCCGAUCCGGCGCUAUAGAAGAUGACUCCGGUCGUUCUCCCCCCGCCACGUGUCCCGACUAUUUCCGGUGGAUCCACGAGGAUCUACGGCCGUGGGAGAAGACGGGGAUCACGAGGGAAGCGUUGGAGCGCGCCAAUGCGACGGCGAAUUUCCGGCUGGCGAUCAUCAACGGGAGGAUCUACGUCGAGAAGUUUCGGGAGGCUUUUCAGACGAGAGAUGUGUUCACGAUCUGGGGAUUCGUACAGCUUCUGAGGAGAUACCCGGGAAAGAUUCCGGAUCUCGAGCUGAUGUUUGACUGCGUUGAUUGGCCGGUAGUGAAGGCGGAGGAAUUCGCCGGAAUUGACAAUCCAACGCCGCCGCCGCUGUUCCGUUACUGUGGGAACAACGAGACGCUCGACAUCGUAUUUCCCGAUUGGUCCUAUUGGGGAUGGGCUGAGGUGAAUAUAAAGCCAUGGGAGAGUCUGUUGAAAGAACUCAGAGAAGGGAACCAGAGGACUAAAUGGAUAGACAGAGAACCUUAUGCUUACUGGAAAGGGAAUCCGACGGUCGCUGAGACCAGACAAGAUCUCAUGAAAUGUAAUGUCUCCGAUGAGUAUGACUGGAAAGCUCGUUUGUAUCAGCAGGACUGGGUCAAGGAAUCAAAGGAAGGUUACAAGCAAUCAGACUUGGCGAGCCAAUGCCAUCACAGGUACAAGAUUUAUAUAGAAGGGUCUGCGUGGUCGGUGAGCGAGAAGUACAUUCUCGCUUGUGACUCGGUGACAUUGCUUGUGAAUCCUCAUUACUACGAUUUCUUCACACGAGGUAUGUUUCCCGGUCACCAUUAUUGGCCCGUCAAAGAAGACGACAAAUGCCGCUCCAUCAAAUUCGCCGUUGAUUGGGGCAACCUGCACAGACUUAAGGCACAAGACAUCGGAAAGAAGGCAAGUGAGUUUGUGCAACAAGAACUCAAGAUGGACUAUGUGUACGACUACAUGCACCAUCUCUUAAUCCAGUACUCUAAACUCCUCCGGUUUAAACCCGAGAUUCCUCAAAACUCCACGGAGCUCUGCUCAGAGUCGAUGGCGUGUCCGAGAGAUGGCAACGAGCGGAAAUUUAUGGUGGAGUCACUGGUGAAACGCCCUGCAGAGACAGGUCCCUGCACCAUGCCGCCUCCUUAUGAUCCGGCGUCGUUUUACUCGGUUCUGAAGAGAAGACAGAGUACGACUAGUAGAAUCGAACAGUGGGAGAGAAAGUACUGGAGGAAGCAGAACCAGACCGGUUCGUAAAACUAGAUUCGCGUAUAAAGUUUUGUUGUGUAGAGAGAAAAACACUUGCGUAGAAAGUUUUAUCUUGUCACGUAUUAAAAAAUCAUACGAUAUAUUUGUCAAGUAGAACCUAGAAAAUGUGCAAUCUUUAGUUUCCUCUAAAUUUUUUUGAUAUUUCGCAAGUUAACCGUGUUGAUUCCAAUGAUUAUGAAAUAAAGUCAAGGUUGCGUUGUGUUGCG